CUUGCUUAACCUAUGUUGAUCAUAUUCAAUUAUUCAUAUCCCUCGUUUUCUUUUCUCCACAUUGUUUUUAAAAAACUCUUUUAAUUGUUUUGAAGCUCAUCUUUCUCUUGGUGCCAUUUGUUCUUCUUCUAUCUACUAAUCAUUUAACGUUUCUAUAUUAAUAUUUUUUGGAAGUAUCCUCUCGCUUUAUCGUGUCCAUGGGUCUUGAAAUUAAAGACGGAGGCUUGACUUCAAGAACCAACAGUUUCAAUAGAGAUAACACUACGCACCAGAGCCCUCCCAAGAUUAAUCGGAGACCAACUAUGCAGCGCUCGUUGAGUUUCAACAGCUGGGAGGUUCCUGAAGAGACCAAGACUGAUUCAGAUUGUGAGGUCUUUGAGACAAAAAAGUCAACGCCUAACACUUUGAAUGGAAGAAACUGUGAGAGAAUCCAAAUAAAGAAACCUACAAUUACUCCCCCUCAGCCUUUUGUGUUCUUCUCCCCUAGACCGGUCACCGAGCUUGAUGCAGCUGCAACUACGCUACAAAAGGUAUACAAGAGUUACCGGACGAGAAGGAACUUAGCAGAUUGUGCUGUCCUUGUUGAGGAGCUCUGGUGGAAGACUCUUGAUGCCGCAGCUCUGGACCUGAGCUCUGUGUCUUUCUUUGAAGAAGAGAAACAUGAGGCCGCUGCUUCAAAAUGGGUGCGAGCUAGAACACGAGCCGCUAAGGUUGGGAAAGGCUUGUCAAAAGAUGAAAAGGCUCAGAAAUUAGCUCUUCAGCAUUGGCUUGAAGCAAUUGACCCACGUCAUCGUUAUGGCCACAACUUGCACUUCUAUUAUGAUGUCUGGUCAGAGAGCAAAAGCUCACAGCCAUUCUUUUACUGGUUGGAUAUAGGAGACGGCAAAGAUGUAAAUCUUGAGAAACACCCAAGAAGUGUUCUGCAGAAACAAUGCAUCAGUUAUCUCGGUCCAAUGGAAAGAGAAGCAUAUGAAGUGAUAGUGGAAGAUGGGAGACUAAUGUACAAACAAAGCAUGACACUGAUCAACUCAACUGAUGAAUCAAAGUCCAUCUUUGUACUUAGCACGACUAGAACCUUAUACGUAGGGAAGAAGAAGAAAGGCGUUUUCCAGCACUCUAGUUUCUUGUCUGGAGGAGCCACAACCGCUGCAGGAAGAUUGGUGGCCUGUGAUGGGAUCCUUGAGGCUAUAUGGCCUUAUAGUGGACACUAUCUCCCAACAGAAGAAAACUUCAAGGAGUUCAUAAGUUUCUUGGAGGAACACAAUGUUGAUCUCACCAAUGUUAAGAGAUGUGCUGUGAAUGAAGAAUACUCGUCGUCAUUCAAAUCCACUGCAGACGAAGAUGAAGAGCCAAAAGAAACCUCUGAAGAAGUUGAGAGACCUUCAGAGCAAGAAGAGAUAGCUAGACCAGUGUUUGAUCCUGCGAAGAGACUGUCUUGUAAAUGGUCAAGUGGAUACGGUCCAAGAAUUGGGUGUGUUAGAGAUUAUCCAGUUGAGCUACAAGCACAAGCAUUGGAGCAGGUCAAUCUCUCGCCUCGUGUCUCACCUGCCACUUCGUACGGACCAAUACCUUCUCCAAGACCUAGUCCGAGAGUGUGGGUUUCCCCACGGUUGGCUUACAUGGGGAUUCCAAGCCCGAGAGGUGUAAAAUGCUAAAAUACGCACUUCUUUAUGUAACUUGUUCUCCACGAAAGAGUAGGUUAGAAGAAGAGAAGCUAACCUCCAUCUUUCUUGUUUUUUUUAUAUCUUUCGUAUAUUUUGUGAACUGCAACAUUUUUCUUGUUUUGAUUAGUUCUUCGGAUGAUC